AUGACGGCAAAGCCCCUCAAAAUCGCCGUCAUCCCUGGCGAUGGCAUCGGGAAAGAAGUCAUGCCCGUCGGCGUGGCCUGUCUGGAGUCUCUCUCCAAGAUCUACGACAUCCCGAUACAGUAUGAAUGGUUCGAGUUCGCCAGCUGCGACUAUUUCCAAAAGCAUGGCGACAUGAUGCCGCCGGACUGGAAGCAGACGCUCCUCCAGUUCGACGCCAUAUACUUUGGCGCCGUGGGCAUGCCGGACAUCGUCCCGGAUGAUGUGUCGCUCUGGGGCAGCCUGAUCAAGUUCCGCCGCGAGUUCGAUCAGUACAUCAACCUCCGCCCUUGCCGCCUGAUGCCCGGCGUUCCAUGCCCCCUGGCCAACCGCAAGCCGGGCGACAUCGACUUUUGGAUCGUGAGGGAGAACACCGAGGGCGAGUACAGCAGCAUCGGGGGAAAGAUGUUUGAGGGGACGGACCGCGAGAUUGUCGUUCAGGAGACGGUCAUGACGAGGACGGGGGUGGAUCGCGUGCUGCGGUACGCGUUUGACCUUGCGCAGAGCCGGCCGCGCAAGAAACUGACGAGCGCGACCAAGAGCAACGGCAUCAGCAUCACGAUGCCGUACUGGGACUCGAGGGUGCAGGAGAUGGCGGCCAAGUACCCGGACGUGGCCGUGGACAAGUAUCACAUCGACAUCCUGACGGCGCACUUUGUGCAGCGGCCCAACAUGUUUGACGUCGUGGUCGGCAGCAACCUCUUUGGCGACAUCCUCUCAGAUCUUGGCCCGGCGUGCACCGGCACCAUUGGCAUCGCGCCGUCUGCAAACAUCAACCCGGGCGGCCAGUUCCCCAGUCUCUUUGAGCCCGUCCACGGCAGCGCUCCGGACAUUGCGGGGCAGGGGAUUGCGAACCCCGUGGGCAUGGUCUGGGCUGGGCAGAUGCUGUUGCAGCAUUUUGGGCAUGAGGAGGCUGCUGCUCUGUUGCUUCAGGCGAUGGAGAGUGUCAUGGCUCGGGCGGAGGAGGCCGUGGUUACAGCAGAUAUUGGGGGCAAGGGGACGACGAAGAGUUUCGGGGAGGCCAUAAACAAGGAGAUUUGGAGGCUGGCUGAAAGUAAGGCGACUUGA